CUGAGAUAACACGAGCGCAGAGUCCCCCCCGCUCGAGCUUAGGAGGUCGUCUUCGAAGACACCGACCCCGAAUGAGGAUCGCGAAUCUCCCCCACCAAGGGAGAGCGGGACGAUGAGCAAGAACUCGGAGAGUUGAAAUCCAUCAACAAGGCAAGCUCGUCAAUGGUCGACUAAUUGUCGAUCUUGUAGCCGAACGUAAGGUGCUAAAAUUAAUCCACCCUCGCCCUUAAGGCGUCUCCCUCCGAGGAGUCCACCAACGCGGAUUUGGUCUCUCUCCCCUCUCGUUUUACGACGACGUAAUCGUAUAUCCCCGGAGCAGCAUGAGCAGGAGCUUCAGACUCAUGUCGUCCACGGAGACGGAGUACGAUACCCGAGAUUUCCCGGCACCGUACCAGCCGCGCCAGUUCUCCGGCGCCGACGAUUACUUCGAGGGUAUCGAGGAGGACAACAGUUCCGGUGGCCGGAACUCCGCUCGAGGACACAGCUACCAGGGUACUUCCCCUCCCCUCCACUCACCGCAUCACUCCCAGCUAGAGUCGCAAUCGUCGUAUCCAGUUCAGUCACCGUAUCCCACAGAAACGUUCACGCCGUACGACAACGUUCGGCGGCCCCGUUCCGCGAGCAUCCCAUUUGUACUUGAUAGCGGUCACGACAGACCCUCCUCAUCGGCUUCCCACCGCGUUGAUCGCGCUUUAGUGGAACAGGACUCACUAACCUCGCCGCAGGGCUUCGAAGAGGAAAACCGCAUGAGGCCCGCAGGCCAGCAUUAUGCCCCACACCCGAUGGACAGUCCCGACUCGCCUUCUCGGCGGCAUCGGCCCAGGGCUAGAACUCUCGAAGGACUUUUCUUUCAAACCCGCCACAACCGUUCACAAUCAUACCGAAGCAGUUCGGCUCGUUCUGAACUUCACGACGACCUCGAGAACGACUUCUUCAGACCGCGCGUUUCGACGAUGCCCAGUGCCAAUCCGAACGGCUCCCCGGGCGAAGAGCAACACUUCUAUUUGGCGAGAAACUUCCAAACGAACUCGAAAGGCAAGCUCGUCAAUUGCGGCGAUUGCUAUCGUGAGGGUUCUCGCAGCAACACGUCCGUGAACUCGAGCUCGUCGAACAAAUCGUCUCCCGCAGCAGCUUCCGCGGCGGGCGACGGCGGACCCCCGCUCAAGGUCAUGAUGUUGGGAGGUGUUGGUGUUGGUAAAUCGUCACUCGUCUCGCAGUUCACGUCCUCGGAAUUCGUCAACGCGUACGAAUACUCCUGUGACGAAGAAGAGAUACGGCCUGUAUCGGUUAUAAUUGAUGAUGAGGAAUACUACUUGAGCUUCAUAGAUCACCCCAUCUGCUCGGACCUUUCGCACCCAGGAUCGGCUGAGGAUCAGGCGACUGACGCAGACGCGUAUCUUGUUGUUUACUCGACAACAGACGCAGGAAGUUUCCAGAAAGCAGAGGACCUUCUGAAUAAGCUCCGACAGAGAGGCGAAAUACACAAUCGAGCCGUGAUUCUGGUGGCGAACAAAUGCGACCUUGCCCGAUCUCGAGAAGUCUCAGAAAGCAGUGGCAGGGACGUGGCUUCUCAUUACGAGUGCAAGUACGCUGAGAUAUCCGCCGGUCUUAAGCACAAUGUGGAUGAACUCCUCGUCGGACUCGUCACGCAGAUCAGACUGAAGGCUGAGCAACAGAAGGGCGAUAAGAAGAACAAACCCACUCAGGAGAGGCGGCAUUCGAAGACUUCACUCUUCCUCGGGAACCGAACAAGAUUAUUUUUCGACAAAAUCUUCGGACGAGGAGACCAUGUCAAGAGUAAAUCCUGCGACAAUCUGCAAGAGCUAUGAAUCGUGGAUCACCUAUCAGUUUUCUGCUCUUUCCGAGGCGUUAAUCUUCAGCGCGGAUUUUGAGCUUGCUGCGAUAUUACCGCAGCUAGCUUCUGGAAACGUUCCCUCGGAACGGAGCUCCUCGCGACCUUCCCAAGUGCGAAAUUCCCGAGCGAGCGCGAAAUACACAUACCCAAGCACCUCUUCAUGUUGAAGCCAUCGUUAAACCCCUUUCGGAAAUAUCAAUCAUCGAUCCCCAGCACGGGGGAUUCCUUGAAAAAGUCACACAUCCAUAUCAGGAUCAGAUCGGGAGUUAGUUCCGGAUGGCUUGCAGAGACGGAUGCGGACUCCAUCCGAGCGUAUUGGGGCCACAGGAAGAAAGCCAUCGUAACCGCCCGGACUCUUCUGGGGUUCAGGGUUUUUGGACCGAACGAGUUGUUCUAUGAGGGGGGGGUCGAGUAUCUUUCCUGAAGCCGGCCCAUAUUUCCCGCAUCAAACAGUAUUUUUUCCAUGUCAGAGCUAUGUAUUCAAGCUCUACACUCCUUAUCAUAAACCGCUGUUUGUAAUCUUCGUCUGGAGUCUAUGCCCAGUGUAAUAAAGCU